GUCUGGAUCUUUAUAUUUUGGGAGAAUUUCUUUGAACUCAGUUAGCAAGCUCGGGGAAGGAGGCAAGUUCCCGCAGCCGGCUCGGCUCGGCUCGGAGGGCUCGCCCACCCUCCUGCAGCUGCCGCGUGCCCUGAUUGUGUCCCUCUCCUCCCUCGUGGGGGGAACGGACCGACUUGGCUGCAGAAAAUGCCAAUUAUAUGGAUGUGACCGUGAAAAGGGAACGUGCGACUGCAAGAGGCAGAAGGGGACGAGGAAAAGCAUUAUUUGAAGAGAAGAAUAAACCAGCCACCCCGACCCUUUCUGCAAAUUGGUGCUAUUCCUUGUGGGGUCCAUUUGCUUUCAUUCCCUCCCACCCCACCCCUUAAGAAACCCCGACUUGAGGGCUAAGAGCCAGCCCCCUGCAGCCGGGGGGCGCUUCUGGGCUGGAAGACCUUCUGGAUGUAGCGUUGGUGGAACCUUUAGCUGCUCUCCUCUGCAGAAGCCACCAUGAAUUCGGUCGCUGGGAAUAAAGAGAGGCUUGCCGUCUCCACCAGGGGCAAGAAAUACGGGGUGAAUGAAGUCGGCUCGCCCACCAAGCCCGCAGCGCCCUUCUCCCCCGAGAGCUGGUACCGGAAAGCCUACGAGGAGUCGCGCGCCGGGAGCCGGCCCACUCCCGAGGGCGCGGGCUCCGCGCUGGGCUCAUCGGGGACCCCGUCCCCCGGCUCGGGCACCUCGUCCCCGAGCUCCUUCACCGGUUCCCCGGGCCCCGCCUCCCCGGGCAUCGGCACGAGUUCUCCGGGCUCCCUGGGCGGAUCGCCGGGCUUCGGCACGGGCUCCCCGGGCUCCGGCAGCGGCGGCGGCUCCUCCCCCGGCUCGGACCGCGGCGUCUGGUGCGAGAACUGCAACGCCCGCCUGGUGGAGCUCAAGAGGCAGGCCCUGAAGCUGCUCCUCCCGGGGCCCUUCCCCGGCAAGGACCCUGCUUUCUCAGCUGUGAUUCAUGACAAACUCCAGGUCCCCAACACCAUCCGGAAGGCGUGGAAUGACCGGGACAACCGCUGUGACAUUUGUGCCACUCACCUGAACCAGCUGAAGCAGGAGGCCGUCCAGAUGGUGCUGGCCUUGGAGCAGGCCGCUGGCAGUGAGCAGUACGACGCCUCGCCCGGCUCGCCCCCGCCGCUCUUCAGCAUCCCCACCCUGGUGGGGUCCCGGCACGUGGGUGGGCUCCAGCAGCCCAGGGACUGGGCCUUUGUGCCCGCCCCCUAUGCCACCUCCAACUACACAGGCCUCGUCAACAAGCACAGCAGCAAACCCAGCAGCCUUGGGGUCAGCAAUGGGGCGGAAAAGAAGAGUGGGUCCCCGACUCACCAGGCCAAGGCCAGCCUCCAGAUGGCCACCAGUCCAAGCAAUGGGAACAUCCUCAAUUCAGUGGCCAUCCAGGCUCACCAGUACCUGGAAGGCACCUGGUCCCUGUCGAGGACCAACGGGGUCACCCUGUACCCAUACCAGAUCUCCCAGCUGAUGACAGAGAGUGGCCGGGAGGGACUGACCGAGGCCGUGCUGAACCGCUACAAUGCAGACAAGCCUUCUGCCUGCAGCGUCCCCGCCUCACAGGGCUCCUGCUUGGCCAGCGAGACUUCUGCAGGCACCUCGGUGGCCGCUUCCUUCUUUGCACGAGCUGCCCAGAAGUUAAAUCUGUCUUCUAAAAAGAAGAAGCACCGGCCUUCCGCUUCCUCUGCUGCUGAGCCCCCGCUCUUCGCCACCAGCUUCAGUGGGAUUCUGCAAACCUCCCCUCCCCCAGCCCCGCCCUGUCUGCUGAGAGCUGUCAACAAGGUGAAGGACACCCCGGGCCUGGGCAAGGUGAAAGUCAUGCUUCGCGUCUGUUCUACCUUGGCUCGAGAUACCUCAGAAUCCAGCUCUUUCUUAAAGGUGGACCCACGGAAGAAGCAGAUCACCUUGUACGAUCCCCUGACUUGUGGAGGUCAAAAUGCCUUCCCCAAGAGAGGCAACCAGGUUCCUCCAAAGAUGUUUGCCUUUGAUGCGGUUUUUCCACAAGAUGCUUCUCAGGCUGAAGUGUGUGCGGGCACCGUGGCGGAGGUGAUCCAGUCUGUGGUCAACGGGGCAGACGGCUGCGUGUUCUGUUUCGGCCACGCCAAGCUGGGAAAGUCCUAUACCAUGAUUGGAAAGGACGGUUCCAUGCAGGACCUGGGCAUCAUCCCCUGCGCCAUCUCUUGGCUCUUCAAGCUCAUAAACGAACGGAAGGAAAAGACCGGCACCCGUUUCUCAGUCCGGAUCUCCGCCGUGGAAGUGCGGGGGAAGGAGGAGAACCUGCGGGACCUGCUGUCGGAGGUGGCCACGGGCAGCCUGCAGGACGGCCAGUCCCCGGGCGUGUACCUGUGUGAGGACCCCAUCUGUGGCACGCAGCUGCAGAAUCAGAGCGAGCUGCGGGCCCCCACCGCGGAGAAGGCUGCCUUUUUCCUGGACGCCGCCAUCGCCUCCCGCAGGAGCCACCAGCAGGACUGUGACGAGGACGACCACCGUAACUCACACAUGUUCUUCACACUGCACAUCUACCAGUACCGGAUGGAGAAGAGCGGAAAAGGCGGAAUGUCUGGAGGUCGCAGUCGUCUGCAUCUCAUCGAUCUCGGCAGCUGUGUGAAAGCACUUAGCAAAAAUCGGGACGGAGGCUCAGGGCUGUGCCUCUCACUGUCUGCUCUGGGCAAUGUCAUCCUGGCACUCGUCAAUGGCAGCAAACACAUCCCAUACAAAGAGAGCAAGCUCGCCAUGCUGCUGCGGGAGUCUCUGGGGAACAUGAACUGCCGCACCACCAUGAUCGCACACAUCUCGGCCGCGGCCGGGAACUACGCCGAGACCCUGUCCACCAUCCAGAUCGCGUCGAGAGUCUUGAGGAUGAAGAAGAAGAAGACAAAGUACACGUCCAGCUCCUCUGGGGGCGAGAGCUCCUGUGAAGAAGGCCGCAUGCGCAGGCCCACCCAGCUGAGACCCUUCCACAGCAGGGCCACAGGGGACCCGGACUUCCCCAUCGCCCACCUGUCCAGUGACCCCGACUACUCCUCCAGCAGCGAGCAGUCCUGUGACACUGUUAUCUACAUUGGGCCCAACGGCGCAGCCCUGUCAGACAAGGAGCUCACGGACAACGAGGGCCCCCCCGACUUUGUCCCUAUCGUGCCAGCCCUGCAGAAGACCCGGGGCGACAGCCGGCCCACAGAGGCAGGAGAGGCUGCAGCCAGCAAGUCAGAAAGGGACUGCCUGAAGUGCAACACAUUCGCCGAGCUGCAGGAGAGGCUGGACUGCAUCGACGGCAGUGAGGAGCCCAGCAAGUUUCCCUUUGAAGAACUGCCUGCUCAGUUUGCAGCAGAGCCGGCCAGCAGAGCCCUGCCGUUAAGCCAAGCAGCUGGGGCAAGCCCACUCUCUGAAUCUGAUAGGGAAGAUAAUGGGUCCGAAGGUCAGCUGACCGACAGAGAAGACCCUGAAAACCAGGCCUCCAAGAUGCAGAGGAGUCACUCACCCGUGCCCGCCUCAGCACCCGCCCACAGCCCCAGCCCAGCCUCGCCCAGGAGCAUCCCGGGCAGCAGCCAGCACAGCGCCUCCCCACUCGUGCAGAGCCCCAGCCUGCAGAGCAGCCGGGAGAGCCUGAACUCCUGCGGCUUCAUGGAAGGUAAGCCCAGGCCCAUGGGCUCCCCCCGGCUGGGCAUCGCCAGCCUGUCCAAGACCUCAGAGUACAAGCCACCCAGCUCUCCUUCCCAGAGGUGCAAAGUCUACACCCAGAAGGGGGUCCUGCCGUCUCCCGCCCCCCUGCCUCCGUUGAGCAAGGAUUCCAGCAUGGUGUGUAGUGAGUCCUUGCUGCAGCCCGAGGUGCGUACACCCCCGGUCGGAAUGAGCCCCCAGAUUUUGAAAAGGUCCAUGUCCGCUGGAAGCAAAGGGUUCCCAGAAGCUCCUGUGGAUGAUGAGCCUGAAGCAGUGACUCCUCCAGAUUCCAAGAAGGAGAUCCUGAGCACCACGAUGGUGACCGUGCAGCAGCCGCUGGAGCUGAAUGGUGAGGACGAGCUGGUGUUCACGCUGGUGGAGGAGCUGACCAUCAGCGGGGUCCUGGACAGCGGCCGCCCCACCAGCAUCAUCAGCUUCAACAGCGACUGCUCCGUGCAGGCCCUGGCCUCGGGCUCACGGCCCGUCAGCAUCAUCAGCAGCAUGAGCGAGGACCUGGAGUGCUACUCCGGCAUGGCCCCGGUCUCUGAGGUCAGCAUCACACAGUUCUUGCCCCUCCCAAAGAUCAGCCUGGAUGAGAAGGCCCAGGAGGCAGGGAGCAGACGCUCUUCCAUCAGCUCCUGGCUGAGCGAGAUGAGCGCGGGCAGUGAAGGCGAGCAGUCGUGCCACAGUUUCAUAGCCCAGACGUGUUUUGGGCAUGGGGAGGCAAUGGCGGAACCCGCGGCCUCCGAGUUUGUCAGCGGCAUCCAGAACGCGGCUGUGGUGUGCAGAGCAAAGCCCAGUGCCGGCCCCGACAACUUGCUUAUCCUGUCUGAGAUGGGGGAUGACUCUUUCAACAAAGCAACCCCCAUCAAAGGCUGCAAAAUAUCCACCCUGGGCAAGGCCAUGGUCACCAUCUCCAACACGGCGAAUCUCAGCAGCUGCGAGGGGUACAUGCCCAUGAAGACCAAUAUCACCGUUUACCCCUGCCUCGCCAUGAGCCCCCAGAGCAUCCAAGAGCCCGAGGCCGCCACUGCCACCCCCAAAGCAGGCCCCACGUCAGCCCAGUCCCAGGAGAGUAAGGAAAACAGUGCAAAGAAAGAGAUGAAGUUUGAGGACCCCUGGCUGAGACGAGAAGAGGAAGUGAAAAAAGAGAACGCGCGUCCCAGUGAAGAUGGGAUCAGGUGUGAGCGCGCCACGGGUCCCUCGAAGGCCGAGCCCAGGGCAGAGCAGGAGCAGGACAGAAAGCCCAGCCCGGAGGACAGGCUCAGCAGCAGCAGCGGGGAGGUCGCCGACAGCUUCAGGAGGGUUGUGGAUGGGUGUGAGAUGGCCCUGCCUGGUUUGGCCACCCAGAGCCCCGUGCAUGCCAACAGAAGUGUCAAGUCCAGCAGCCUUCCUAGGGCAUUUCAGAAGGCCAGCCGGCAGGAGGAGCAGGACAGCCUCUUCUAUUACUGUGCUGCUGAGACCAACGGGGUGGGCGCAGCCUCGGGCACCCAGUCCUCCAAGGGUACCCUGGAGAGGAAGGUGGCUUCCCCCAAGCACUGUGUCCUGGCUCGGCCCAAAGGGACUCCCCCUCUGCCCCCUGUCCGAAAGUCCAGCCUGGACCAGAAGAACCGGGCCAGUCCCCAGCACAGCGCCAGCAGCAGCGGCACCAGCAGCCCCCUGAACCAGCCAGCCGCCUUCCUGGCAGGCCUCCCAGAUGAGUCCAGCGGCAAGAUGAAGGACGCCAGCAGCAGCAGCAGCAGCAAGCUCUUCAGUGCCAAGCUGGAGCAGCUGGCCAGCAGGACCAACUCUCUGGGCAGGUCGACAGUCAGCCACUACGAAUGCCUCUCCCUUGAGCGGGCCGAGAGCCUGUCCUCCGUGAGCUCCCGGCUGCACGCGGGCAAGGACAGCACCAUGCCCCGCGCGGGGAGGACCCUGGGCCGCGGCGCGGGGACCUCGCCCCCCAGCUCCUCGGCCGGGGACUCGCCCAAGGCCAGCCAGGCCAAGGUCUCCGCCGUGAGCAAACUCCUCCUGGCCAGCCCCAAGGCGCGCAGCCUGUCCGCCUCCGCCACCCGAACCCUCAGCUUCUCCACCAAGUCUCUGCCGCAGUCGGUGGGCCAGAGCCCCGGCGCGCCCGCGGGCGGGAAGCCCCUGUCCUGGUCCACGCAGUCGCUCAGCAGGACCCGCAGCGCAGGCCUGGCCUCCAAGCUGCCCCUGCGCGCCGUCCACGGGCGCAUCUCGGAGCUGCUGCAGGGCGGCGCGCGCGGGGCCCCGGCGGGGGAGCGGCCCGAGGACAGGCCGGCGCCGCCGCUGCCGUCGCCCUACAGCAAGAUCACGGCCCCGCGGAGGCCGCACCGCUGCAGCAGCGGCCACGGCAGCGACAACAGCAGCGUGCUGAGCGGGGAGCUCCCGCCGGCCAUGGGGAAGACGGCCCUGUUCUACCACAGCGGCGGCAGCAGCGGCUACGAGAGCAUGAUGCGGGACAGCGAGGCCACCGGGAGCGCGUCCUCGGCGCAGGACUCCACCAGCGAGCACAGCGGCUCCGCGGGCGGGCGCUGCCGCAGCCUCAAAACCCCGAAGAAGCGGCCCAGUUCAGGUUCUCAGAGACGGAGGCUCAUCCCAGCACUGUCCCUGGACACCUCUUCCCCGGUGAGAAAACCCACCAACAGCACGGGCAUCCGCUGGGUGGACGGCCCCUUGCGCAGCAGCCAGAGGGGCCUUGGGGAGCCCUUUGAGAUUAAAGUCUAUGAAAUCGAUGAUGUGGAGCGCCUGCAGCGGCGGCGAGGGGGCACCAGCAAGGAGGUCCUGUGCUUCAACGCAAAGCUGAAAAUCCUGGAGCACCGCCAGCAGAGGAUCGCCGAGGUCCGCGCCAAGUACGAGUGGCUGAUGAAGGAGCUGGAGACAACCAAGCAGUAUCUGAUGCUGGAUCCCAACAAGUGGCUCAGUGAAUUUGACCUGGAGCAGGUUUGGGAGCUGGAUUCCCUGGAGUACCUGGAGGCACUGGAGUGCGUGACAGAGCGCCUGGAGAGCCGCGUCUACUUCUGCAAGGCCCACCUCAUGAUGGUCACCUGCUUUGACGUCACCUCCAGGCGCCGGUAGAGAGCCAGACGCUUGUCCUAGCGGCCCCCCUGCUCCCUGGGACUUCAGAGAUGUCGCACGCCCCUCGGCCCUCCGUGCCGGAGCAUCAGAGACAAUGAAUGAGGAUGAAGGUUGGUGGGAAGUCUGGAGUGAGAGUUGAGCGGAAGGCGAGUUUUCUUUUGUUUUCUGUAGGAAGGGUGCAAAUGCCAAACCCCCAUGGAAGGAGAAGAAAGUGGGAAGCCCGAGGGAUGUCCACGCCCUGUGAGACUGAAAUAGCACUUUGAGGACCUUUACAGACCUUGUUUGUACAUAAGAACUGCGAGCGAAAGAGACCUCACUCUUCUCUUGCGUUCGUGAGAAAGGAGUGGGGUGGACGUGGGAUUGCUGGGGAACGUGAACACAAAACAACAAAGACCCAGAGGGACGGAUGAAGUGCCUUGCAAAUCUUUAUUAUCCAAACGUUUAUGUUCAUACUUUCUUGUGUACAGAUGGUGCUAGUCAAGAUGAAAACAACAAAACAUUUUUGAAACAUAUUUACAGCCCGUUUUCUCUUGGUGUUUUAUCCUAUUUCUGACUUGCUGUUUCUAAGUAAGUUGUGUUUGUAGAGCUAUUUCCUAAUCAAUCAGUAUUGCUUAUGAAUAAAUGUUAACUGUCCUCUAUGGUUAUUCUGGUAAGGCCACUCACAACAUGGAGACUUCCUUGGCACGAGCCAGUGUGUGCGCUUCCGAAGCAGGUUCGCAGCAGCAGGUGACCUUGAUGUCACAUCCCACAAGCAGCAUGGUCAGGGCAGACCCAGAGGGUUGAUGCGGGGCAGGCGUGGUAGAAAACAGGAGAGGAGACGGACCUGCAGCGCUGUGGAAGAGGAGUCCUUUGCCACCUGGGGCCUCCCUGUCCCUGGAGGUCCCCCCUUUGGUCCUCACACACAUGGUUGCACAGAUCCACAGUUUCUAUGGCCCUCAAAAUUCAUACUCAUUUUUAUUCCAAAGACUUGAAGGAAAGCUUGAACCAAUUCAACAGAGCCAUAUUUCUUUCUUAUUUUCUGGUGUUGUGAAUUUAUUAAAGUGGGUUUUCCCAGCUGAGAGACCUUGUCAGGUGCGUAUACUCAGAGACUCCAACUGUAUUCAAUUAGAACAAGGAUUCUUGAGACUGUAGGACUUGUCUGUUGUCCAGAGUACCCGGAUUUCGGCUCUCUUGUGUCCCAAAGCCUCUAUACCAAGGGACAGGCUUGUCCUCUCCGCCUUUGCCUCUACCCAAAGGCAGAGAGAGCGCUUCCCCUCCAUAACCAACUCGCACAGCCCUGGAAAGGCAGAACCUAGUUGAGUGACUGACUGUGGGUGUCCAGGGCUUGGCUCCCAACAGCUCAGGACCUCAAAUUCACAUGUUCCUCCCUCUAACAAUUCCCUUAGGAAUUAUUAUACCCAUUGUAGUGAUGGACACCUGGGGUACAGAGUGGUGGAGGGAUUCGCCUGAUGAAAGCUGUGGUGCUGGGAGUGUGGCCCAGAAUCCAAGAGUCCCUGCAGCCUUCACAGGUGGGACGGUGCUUAGGGGUUUGCAGAGUAUGGUCCCCUUUCGCCCUCAAAUGCAGCAUAUCUUCAUGAGCCUAUUUGCAAGCUAGGCUGUCUUCACUAAUCAACAACUCAGCCCUAGCCACUCCCCAAAGGGAAAAGAACCCACUGCAUUUCCUGGUCAGUGUGUCUCUGGACACUGCAGCCCACACAGCGGGCUAAACAGCAGCACGUCUGAGCUGCUCGGUAAAUGGGGACUGAAGCCCCGUGAGCUUCACACGACCUGAUCCUUUGUGACCAGAGCAGGGUUCAGGUAGCCCUGUUGGCUCCUGUGCUUUGAAGCCAGCUCCCUGGGUCAUGAGUCUGGCUUUGCACUUCCGUCAGCGUCUGCUCCUAUGUGAACAGGAGACAGGCCCAAAUGUGCUAGUGGAACAGGCUGGACGACGGCGAGAGGCUGCCCUGGAAUGGCUCCUUCUCCCCUCUGCGCAGCUCCCAAGUCUGACAAGUUUAUUGCCCUGGGAAGCAGGACCUCCCUAAGCUCCUACCCUCCCCCCGUUCUGCAGGACAGUCCUGGGCUCUGGGCUCACCUGCAGCCUCACAGCACUGUGUAAGGGGGCUUCCUUCACAGAAGUACCCUUGGGGCUUCUGGGCCAGAAGGGAAGCUGCUCCUUUGUUUCCAUUGGGCAUCUCCUGGUUGCUGGUUUCAAACAUGUACUUCAUGAAAAGCCUUUAAUUGGAGCUUUUCAAAGGUGCAUAUUCUGUUUUUGUUGGAAACAAACUCAUCUGAUUAGUCAUCAGGAGGCUUGGCGUUCACCCUGCCACAUUUUCCCCUGAGGCUGCCAUGCUGCCCUGACUCUAGCGGGCCAAGGACAGGGCCUGGUGCCCUUCCUGGACGGAAACCAGAGGGGUCCUUCCUGGGGGAGUGGCGUUCGGCUUGCCUCCUGCCUACGUCUGCUUUUAUCCAUUUGUAGCAACUCUAUGCUAUAACAAAAGGUGAAACCAAGAGUUCUCUUACCAAGAUGCAAGUCACAGAACCCCUUGCAGGAUCCCCAGGCCGUGUGACAGAGAACACGCCACACUGAUGUCUGUUCUCUCUCUCUCCUUCUCCUUUUUUUGACCUAAAUAAGCUGCAGACAUCUUAAUUUACCAAUAUUGAGAAACCGCAUGAAGAAAUCAUGCAUUUUACUUUACGAUGGGCUUGUUCCUAUCUCUGCCCAUACAUUGACUACAGUGAGGAUGGAGCAAGGAGUUUGGACCAACCAUUCUGAAGCAUCCCAACAGCUGAAGGAUGCCUUAGACAGUGACCAAAGUGAGAGAGCUCCAGGCCUCCUUUCGGUUUUGGUGAUGGGUAACCCAAAGGCAAGGGGAACGUCAAAGAGCCCAUUUCUAAAAUUACCCACAAAUGAAGGGACUAGAAAAAAAACGCUGACUUGAAAUUAACAUUUAGAUGCACAGGUCUUAUUUCCUUGUCUACAACCUGUCCUCCUUACCCCUGCUCCUAAUACAUGAGUGUGAGGCAGUAGCCUUAGCAGCAGAGCAAAACUAAGAUCUCACGGAGCAAAACUAAGAUCUCACGGCGCAAAACUAAGAUCUCACGGCACAAAGCUAAGAUCUCACGGAGCAAAACUAAGAUCUCAUGGAGGAAAACUAAGAUCUCACGGAGCAAAACUAUAAGAUCUCAUGGCGCAAAACUAAGAUCUCACAGAGCAAAACUAUAAGAUCUCACGGAGCAAAACUAAGAUCUCACAGAGGGCAAUGGUGAUAUCGUUUCCCUGGGAGUAAGUCCGCAUUGCAUUUCAUGAUGGGGCUGCCCGCUGCCAGGGAGCGGUGGUGUCCUUUAUCAUGGGCUUACAGGCCCCAGCUAAGGGCUGCAAACUUUGAUCUUCUUGUCCUUGAACUCCCCUUGACAUGAUGAGGAAGCUGUCUCUAACUUCCAUCUCUUCCGGAUUUGAAAUCAGAACACCCUACCUGGCGUUUAAUUGCCAACUGCCAUCCUUAACAUGGGGGAAGUGUGAAGAUGCAAAUGCAGAGAUGUGUCCUGUCGUGACGAAGGUGGGAAUCACACCAGGAGCCCUGAGCCUGAGAAGGGCUCCUCGUGUGAGAAGCUGGGAUAAAAAGCCAUGCGUGGCAGCAUGGGGAAUUCCGCAAGCAGGAACUCAGCUGGUUUGUUGCAAAUUAGCCUUAAACUUGAAGUCAAAUACAUUCUUAUAAGGCAGAGUGACUUCAGUCCGGCCGCAUCUACCAUCCAGGGUGGAGGUUCAGAACAUGUUACACACACCUACAAAGCUCGUGCCUGCUGCUCAGAUUUCUGUUAAAAACAUCUCAGAGUUCUGUUUAUGUUGACAAAAAAUGCAGUUGUGCCCACCUGGGUGUGUGUCUCAUGUCCCUGUACAGCAGCCACCUUCUGUGGACAGAAAGUAAGGCUGACGGGUCUGCACAUUUGUUCAAUGCAAACUCAGCCACCUAGACCAGUGGCCACUGCUGAUUAUAGUGGGUGUUUUUAGGUUUCUUAUUCCACAAAGGAUUUUAGACUGUAAAACCAAUGACUAAAGAUGAGUUGAUUUCCAAACUAAAAACAGAAGGAUUCCCGCCUUUACUCACUGUCCUUUCCUGCUGGACUCAUAAGGCAUUACUGGAGCUCAGACACAAAAAGUUCCUCGCUUCUGAUGACAGUAUGUCUUAAACCCUGAGACCUUGCCAGUAAGAAAGAGGUUGAAAGUCCUGUUUGCUAUUAGUUGAGGCUAAGCUGUCUGCUGCCACUGUCCCUGGGCCUCCAGGCUGCUGCCAGGGUGUGUGGCCCAGCUGUCCCCUCACUGAGGGACACUCUUCAAUGCCACCAUAUGAGAGUCUUCUGGGUGGGGUGGAAAGGCCAGCGCAGCCCACUUUUCUCUGCGCCAAAUGAAACAGAGCUGGGCGUUCAGUGUGACAGAUGCAUGUAAAUGGGUCUCAAAUUUGGGAGGCUAGGGGAACAGGUGGUAGGAAUGCAGUGUUUCUUUGGAUUCUAAUAUCUCCUUUUUCCAUCUCCAGAAAGUAUCUGUCAACACUGGUGGGUAACAACUCAUAAAGUGUAUCACUUAGCAGUCUUCCUGACAAAGGGACACAUUUUAAAAUUACAGCCUGUUCAUGAUUUCCAUAAUAACGCUAGCAUAAUUCCAAUCCAGGAGAAGUGACUGCAUCAAAAAUGUUUUUUCCUAAAAAUUCCUAGAAGCUAAUUUAUCCCUCCCUAAACAAACACAUUCUGCUUUUGGAGGCCCUACCCAGAACCUGCAGUGAUGUCAUAAUAUUGGACAUAGUGGGGCACGGGCAGUAUCGAGCCUUCACUGAUACAAUCCGUGUUCUCUAAACACAGUGGUUCCCAGUGUCCACGUGUGGAGGCGUGUGCUGAAAUGCCACACACAUCUAUGUCAUGCACACACAGCAAUUACCUUCAGCACUGACAAAGCUUCGCCAAGCUGCUAACAGCCCACAUUGUCAUAGUCCAUUUCUGAAGACAUUAUAAUUUAUGUAUAAACACAGGAUGCUGUCUUACAGCAUUGCUUGUGUUCUUUGUUUAUACGUCAAGGUUGGAAAUGCUACCCAAGUGCUAUGCGUUGAAGUGGAGGUUUGCUGGAUCUGUCUGUGGCUAUCUUGUUCUACAUUUUUCUCACUCUAGCAAAGUCUGUUCAUGGAGACAUGGGCUGGGGGAUAGGGAAGGACAGAUACAUCAAGAGACUAGGGAUUAGGGCCCAAUCUUCAAUGUACAGGGCUGAGUUCAAAAUCUAAGCUGUUUCUGUGGUAAGUAGCUGGAUAGGAAAGAUCCCUUCGUUCUGAAUUUGAUGAGAAUGGGCUUGGAAAUCCACUCCCACAGGCUUGCGUGGAAGAGGAUCCAACCUCUUCCUCCUGGUUCAACAUUAAAUUUCUGAGGAAAGUGCUGACAGUAUUAGUUCCCUACAUUUACCCACGACUCCCGUCCCGCCCAUGGUGCUGCUGAAGGGGGUUUGGGAAAGCAACCAGAGUUCCUUAGCUUGGAUAUAUAUAGUACCUGUGUUGUUUUUUUUCUGGAAAAACCAAAGCACUGUAGUGAGUCUUACAACCUUAAGGCAUCCUGUCCCCUCCUGGAUUCCUGAGUGUCAAGGGUCAGAAGUCUUAUUUGAGAGGUGGCUGAACUUAGGAGCAAAAGCCUUGAGCUAGGAACAAGGAGACUGGGUCACCAAGCCUGGUUCUGUCACUAGCUCUGCCACCUGGGGCGAGUCUCUUCACUUUGCUGGGCCUCAGGUUCCCAAGUGGAAGACGGGGGGUCGGAACAGCUGCCCUUCUGGGGCAGCAUAAAGAGAAAAUGGUGUAAGUGAUGGAAGUGCUUUGAAGAAAUUAAAGCUCUGCCUCGGAGCUGGGGAUAAUCAUUUACAGAUGAAGAAACUGAAGUCAGUAGUCACGGCCCAAGUUCAGAGUAGUUUUAUAGCAAAACUGGGACCCGAGUCCAGCUGCCUGGAUUCUUCCCAUUAGAUUGUGCUGCACCAGGUCUGCGCCGACAUGAACACACACGUCAUUCAUCUAACGUGUGUGCACACACAUGGGUGCGUGUGCACAGGAGGCACAUGACACGGAGAAAGACACAGGACGAACACCUGAGUUCUGGCUCUGCUGUGACACAGGUCCUGGCCGGGACCUGGUACCUGGCUUCUCUGGAACAGGCUCUCUAACCUGUAAAAUGAAGACGCUGUGCUAGAUGAUCUUUGUGCUUCCUUGGAGCUCUAGGUCUCCGAUUCCAUGAUUGGUCAUGUAUGUAUGUGUAUAUAAAUAUGCUUAUCUUAGAAAUGGGCCCGUUUGAAAAUGGGAGACAGGGCCUGCCCAAGUGCAUUUAUUGUGCCAGAAACAGCAAAUUCGUAAAUAAGUUCAUGGAAUCUUGUUCGACGAUUCAAUGGUAGUGCUGAAUGUUAUUGUCUGAGAUCCACUGUUUAACCAGAUAGGUGAUUGGUGCCAUUUUAAAAAUUAUUAGUUCACAAGUGUUUGCUGUUCAAAUUCUUCAAUAAAACUCAUUUGUUAAAGUCAGAAAUUCAACUCUUCUGUACUUGGGCGGGUCCCAGCAGCCCCUUGCAGGCUGCUUUUGUACAUGGGCCUUUGCAUAGAUAUAUAAAAGUUAGGUGUUGGCUUGAUCAUGAUAAAUGUAUGAGCAGGCUCCCUGGAGAACAGUCCAGAAAAAAGAGCUAUGGUUCUCACAAACUGGUGACAUGAAUCCAUUAAGCUGUGUGGCAUUUCCAGUAUAAAGACAUUGUUUGCUGGCUACGAUCUCUUUUUGUGGCAUAUGAGGUGUAAAAUGUUGUCAGAAAAGAAUCUGGUGUUUAAAAGAAUCAAACGAUGGUGGCAUUAAAUGUUCACUUUUAUUCUA